UUCAUUUAGAAGAAGAACCUCACAAAUGUGACAAAUGUAGCCAAAGUUUCAUUAGAAAAAGUGAUAUGGUCAGACACCAAGAGUUAAUUCAUCCUGAAGAAAAGUCUUACAAGUGUGAUGUGUGCAGCAGGAGUUUCCCAAAUAUCUGUUUUUUAAAGAGGCACCAGAGACGUCAUACCCAACGCAAGAUUUACAAGUGUGACCAAUGUGAUCAAUGUUUUUCUAGUCAUUUUAAUUUUACCAAACAUCAGAGAACUCACACUGCAAAGACCCUCAUGUGUGAUAAGUGUGGUGAACUUUUCACCAAGGUGGAUGACAUGAAGGAGCAUCACCUAAGGGUUCAUAGCAAAGAAAAGUGGGAUGAAAAAGGAGUGAUUGCAAAAAAUUCUAAAUUAGAAGUUGAGAAGAAGAGAAGUGAGGCCAUGCCAGAAUCAUUGUCAGCUUCUGGAAAUCUUGAUUCAGAGUUGACCCCAGCUGUAGAGGCUACACCACAGGAUGUAGUUCCUGCCAAUGUGGUACAGUUGCAUUCACCCAACUUUCCUUUUUGGAGAGUUUUAUGAAGUACAAACAUGGAGGAAACUUCCAUGACAAUAGAGAUCAGGAUACCAUUCUUCCCAGUUAUCCAACCUGAAUCAACACAGAUAAUCCAUAUGGAAAGAAAGCCUUACAUGUGUGACAAAAGUAAUGUUUUACACAUUUAUGCUAUUUAAAGAAAAAUCAGAUAAUGCGCAUGCAAGAAUAGCCUCACAAGUGUGACAAAUUUAAUAAAUGUUAUACUCAUCAGCAUUGUUUAAAGGUACUCACACAGGACAAAUGUGUUAGGUGUGGUAAAGCUUCUAUCUUUUAUAGCACCAAAAAAAAUCACAUGGGAAAAGCCUUCAUCUGUGACCAGUGUAGUCACUGCUUCAAACAGAAGGUAUAUUGUAGGAUACACAAUAUGUUUCAUGCAGGAGAGAGGGCUUACAAGUGCUUCAGAUGUUUUACACAGAAAAGUGAUUUAAAGAGACACCUGAGAAUUCAUAAUGGAGAAAAGUCCUUAAGUGUGAUGUAUGAAGUAUUUUUUUUUAUAAGUCACAUUAUAGAAUUCAUAUUGGAAAAAAGCCUUAUCAAUGUGACUGAAUGAUGGUUUGAAUAAUCACAAGAUAAUUCAUUUAGUAGAAAAGCCUUAUUAGUGUGAAAAACGUGGUAAACAUUUUAAAGUGAAGGGCACACUUUAAAGUCACCAGCUAUUCCAUUCAGAAGA